AUGUAUUUUCUUCCUUUCUUUUUCUUUUUUUUGUCUUUCGUUUUAUGUAUUUUCUUUCUUUUUGUAUUUACUUUUUUUCGUUUUAUGUAUUUUCUUCCUUUCUUUUUCUAUUUUGGUUCUUUCGUUUUAUGUAUUUUUUUCUUUUUCUUUCUUUCGUUUUAUGUCUUUUCUUUCUUUUUCUAUUUAAUUUCUUUCGUUUUAUGUACUUUCUUCCUUUAUUUUUUCUAUUUUUUGUCUUUCGUUUUAUGUAUUUUCUUUUUUUCUUUUUCUAUUUACUUUCUUUCGUUUUAUGUAUUGUCUUCCUUUCUUUUUCUAUUUUUUUGUUUCGUUUUAUGUAUUUUCUUUCUUUUUUUCCUAUUUUCUUACUUUCUUUUUCUAUUUUCUUUCUUUCGUCUUAUGUAUUUUCUUUCUUCCUUUUAUCUAUUUUCUUUCUUUCUUUUUCUAUUUUCUUUCUUUCGAUUUAUGUAUUUUCUUUCUUUCUUUUUCUAUUUUCUUUCUUUCGUUUUAUGUAUUGUCUUCCUUUCUUUUUCUAUUUUCUUUCUUUCUUUUUCUAUUUUCUUUCUUUCGUUUUAUGUAUUGUCGUCCUUUCUUUUUCUAUUUUCUUUCUUUCUUUUUCUAUUUUCUUUGUUUCGUUUCAUGUAUUUUCUUUCUUUCUUUUUCUAUUUUCGUUCUUUCAUUUUAUGUAUUUUCUUUCUUUCUUUUUCUAUUUUUUCUUUCUUUUUCUAUUUACUUUCUUUCGUUUUAUGUAUUUUCUUCCUUUCUUUUUCUAUUUUUUGUCUUUCGUUUUAUGUAUUUUCUUUCUUUUUGUAUUUUCUUUCUUUCGUUUUAUGUAUUUUUUUCUUUCUUUUUCUAUUUUCUUUCUUUCGUCUAAUGUAUUUUCUUUCUUUUUCUAUUUUCUUUGUUGCGUUUUAUGUAUUUUCUUUCUUUUUUUCCUAUUUUCUUUCUUUCUUUUUCUAUUUUUUUCUUUCGUUUUAUGUAUUUUCUUUUUCUUUUUUCUUUCUUUCGUUUUAUGUAUUUUCUUUCUUUCUUUUUUCCAUUUUCUUUCUUUCGUUUUAUGUAUUUUCUUUCCUUCUUUUUCUAUUUUCUUUCUGUCGUUUUAUGUAUGUUCUUUCUUUCUAUUUCUAUUUUCUUUCUUUCGUUUUAUAUAUUUUCUUCCUUUCUUUUUCUAUUUUCUUUCUUUCGUUUUAUGUAUUUUCUUUCUUUUUCUAUUUUUUCUCUCUUUUUAUGUAUUUUCUUUCUUCAAAUAUUCAAUUCUUUCUUUCUUUAUUUAUUUAUUUAUUUAUUUAUUACCAAUUUUUUCUUUCUUUCUUUUUCUUUCUUUCUUUCUUUCUUUCUUUCUUUCUUUCUUUAUUUAUUUAUUUAUUUAUUUAUUUAUUUAUUUUCUUUUCUUUUCAAUCACUUUUCUCUAUAUCUUUCUUUCUUUCUUUCUUUCUUUCUUUCUUUCUUUCUUUCUUUCUUUAUUUAUUUAUUUAUUUAUUUAUUACCAAUCACUUUUCUUUCUUUCUUUCUUUCUCUCUUUCUUUCUUUCUUUCUUUCUUUCUUUCUUUCUUUCUUUCUUUAUUUAUUUAUUUAUUUAUUUAUUACCAAUCACUUUUCUUUCUUUCUUUCUUUCUUUCUUUCUUUCUUUCUUUCUUUCUUUCUUUCUUUCUUUCUUUCUUUCUUUCUUUGUUUAUUUAUUUAUUUAUUUAUUACCAAUCACUUUUCUUUCUUUCUUUCUUUCUCUCUUUCUUUCUUUCUUUCUUUCUUUCUUUCUUUUUUCUUUCUUUGUUUAUUUAUUUAUUUAUUUAUUACCAAUCACUUUUCUUUCUUUCUUUCUUUCUCUCUUUCUUUCUUUCUUUCUUUCUUUCUUUCUUUCUUUCUUUCUUUCUUUCUUUGUUUUCAUCUCUCUCUCUCUUUCACUCUCCUUCUUUAUAUAUUUUACUCUUUCUCUACGUUAUUCUUUAUAUCUUUUCUUCAUUGUCAUCCUCGCUUCUUUUCUUUUUAAUUUUCUAUUUUGUUCUGCUUUUCUUUUUUUUUAUUUCAACCUCUUUCUUUUUCUUUACUUCUUUUUUAUUCCUUUUCUUUUUCUUCUUUUUACUUCUUUUUCUUUUUAACCUUUUUUCUUUACUUUUUAUUCUUUUUUCUUUUUCAUUUUAUUCCUUUUCUUUUUAUUCUCUUUUCUUCCUUUUCUUUUUAUUAUUCCUUUUUUUUAAUUAUUUUUUUAGUUUUUCACUCUUUUCUUCUUGUUUUUACUUUUAUAUUUUUCUUUGGGUUUUUUUUCUUUUUGUUUUUUUCUUUUUUACCAUUUGCUUUUUCUUUUCUUUUUUCAUCUUUUCCUUCUUUUUCUCCAUUAAAAAAAAUAAUCGACAUGCCACACCCUCUCUUAUGCUAUCUCCCCUUUGCUCCGCCAAAUUCUGUUUCUUCCCGUUCAAUUAUCACCAUGUUGUACUUGAUUCGACCAAACCUGGCUCAACUUUACCAAACCUGAAUCAAGUGAUCCGUUGGCUUCGGUUAUACGUCUUCUCAGUUGACAUCACGUGA